CGGAGAGCGGCGCGCGGCGCGGGCGCUUCCUGGUUCGCGCCGCGGGGCCGAGCGGGGCUGAGCGGCGGCAGCGGAGCCACAGAGCCCGGCCCGGCCGCGCCCGCCGCCCUUCCCUGCCCGAGCCUGCCGCCCUCACAAGCGGGCGAAGAUGCCGUACGAGAUCAAAAAAGUGUUCGCCAGCCUUCCACAGGUUGAACGAGGCGUUUCCAAAAUUAUUGGAGGUGAUCCUAAGGGCAACAAUUUUCUCUACACCAAUGGAAAAUGUGUCGUCAUCAGGAACAUUGAUAAUCCUGCAAUUGCUGACAUCUACACUGAGCAUGCCCACCAGGUUGUAGUUGCCAAGUAUGCUCCUAGUGGAUUCUACAUAGCAUCUGGAGAUGUCUCUGGAAAGCUGAGAAUCUGGGAUACUACACAGAAGGAACACCUACUGAAGUAUGAGUAUCAGCCGUUUGCAGGAAAAAUAAAGGACCUUGCAUGGACUGAAGACAGCAAGAGAAUUGCUGUGGUUGGAGAAGGAAGGGAAAAAUUUGGAGCAGUGUUCCUGUGGGAUAGUGGCUCUUCUGUUGGGGAGAUUACUGGGCACAAUAAAGUGAUCAACAGCGUGGACAUGAAACAAACGAGACCAUAUCGGCUGGCAACGGGCAGCGAUGACAACUGUGCUGCCUUCUUUGAGGGACCGCCCUUCAAGUUCAAGUUUACACUAAGCGACCAUACACGGUUUGUGAACUGUGUGAGGUUUUCUCCUGAUGGGAACAGAUUUGCUACAGCUAGUGCAGAUGGGCAGAUUUUUGUCUAUGAUGGGAAGACCGGAGAGAAAGUGUGUGCUCUUGGUGGAGGCAAAGCACAUGAUGGAGGUAUUUAUGCUAUUAGUUGGAGCCCUGACAGUAGUCAGUUGCUUUCUGCUUCUGGAGAUAAAACUGCUAAAAUCUGGGAUGUUGGUGCUAAUUCUAUUGUAAAUACUUUUAACAUGGGAUCAAACGUGUUGGAUCAGCAGCUGGGUUGCUUGUGGCAGAAAGACCAUUUACUGACUAUCUCCCUGUCUGGCUAUAUCAAUUAUUUGGACAAGAACAAUCCAAAUAAGCCCUUGCGUGUCAUAAAGGGUCACAGUAAAUCAAUUCAGUGUCUUACGGUGCACAAAAAUGGUGGAAAGUCCUAUAUUUACUCUGGAAGUAAUGAUGGUCAUAUUAAUUAUUGGGAUUCUGAAACUGGAGAGAAUGAUGGCUUUUCUGGGAAAGGCCACACAAAUCAGGUUUCUAGAAUGGCAGUGGAUGAAAUGGACCAGCUGGUCACCUGCAGUAUGGAUGACACUGUGCGCUACACCAACCUUAGCAAGAGAGAUUACAGUGGCCAGGAUGCUGUGAAAAUGGAUGUUCAGCCAAAAUGUUUAGCUGUGGGUCCUGGUGGUUAUACUGUAGUUUUAUGCAUUGGACAAAUUGUCUUGAUGAAAGAUAAGAAAAAAUGUUUUGCAAUUGAUGACCUUGGGUAUGAGCCAGAAGCUGUAGCCAUUCACCCGACAGGAAGUACAGCAGCAGUGGGAGGAGCGGAUGGGAAUGUCCAUUUGUAUUCAAUCCAAGGAACCUCUUUGAAAAGUGAUGAUAAGACUUUGGAAGCUAAAGGUCCUGUUACUGACCUGGCAUAUUCUCACGAUGGUGCCUUUCUUGCAGUCUGUGAUGCAAACAAAGUUGUCACUGUCUUUAGUGUUGCUGAUGGCUACGCGGAGCAUAAUGUCUUUUACGGACACCAUGCAAAAGUUGUUUGCAUUGCAUGGUCACCAGACAAUGAACACUUUGCUUCUGGAGGCAUGGACAUGAUGGUGUAUGUUUGGACUGUGAGUGAUCCAGAGACCAGAGUCAAGAUACCAGAUGCUCACAGACUACACCAUGUCAGCGGCUUGGCGUGGUUGGAUGAACAUACUCUGGUAACAACAUCCCACGAUGCUUCUGUUAAAGAGUGGUCUAUCUCCUACAAUUGAAAUAAGCCCCCUCUUUGGAAGGACCUAAUCAGGGACUAGAACUACUGCAGUGGAACAUAGCAUUUCUUUUAAAAAAUCUGUAUUGGCCUCUGGGUCUGCUGUCAUAUCCUCAUAUCUUUACAGGGUGUUCAUAUCUGUAAUUAAAUGUACUUUGAAAGCUUUAGCGAAUAACAGUUUGCACAUGAAAAGCACUUAAAUUAUGUCUGGAGCUUAACCUUUGUGCUGAACAUUCCAGAGGCAACAGCCAAACCAAGUUGGUGUGCAAGGUUCAGGCGUGAAACAUUCAAACUCAAUCAGUUCUUUUCUAACCAAGAAACAUAAGACUGUACAGCAUGAGAGUAAUACUUCUCAUUUUUUCUAAUUACAGAACAUUUCUGUACUAACAGUCAUAGUAAGAGUAUUAGUUGUGGUCUGAAACCAAUCAAGCUGUGUGCAGCUACUGUAUAUUGCUUUGCUUCUCUAUACUGCACCAAACUGUUGCCUCAGAUUUUCUCCUCCAGAUAAGAAGAUGGGGUACAUACAUAAUAAACUUUUUAUGUAUUUCAUGUCAAA